CGGGCAGGGCUGCGCGCGCGGCGGGCGCCCAUUCUGUGGCGGCGACAGCGGCGACAGCGACAGCGGCGUUCAUGUCCUAACGGGUGGUGGCGGCGGGCGAGCCGGGCCCCUCCAUGCGGGGGCCGCGGGGCCGCAGCGCUCUGGCCGCCUUCGCGUUGCUGGUGCUGCUCGGGGUAGCGGCGGGCGGCCCGGAGCCGCCGCCGAGCGAUGCCGCGGCUGUGGAGGCCGCGUUCGGGCUGGGGGCGGCCGCCGCUCCCGCCGCUCUGCCCGCUGGUUCCGCGGACGUGACAGUGGAGGACGAUGAGGGCGGUGUGGCCCCUGCAGGGCCCGGAGAGCCGGACGCUGAGGGCAGCGGAGAGGCCCGGGCCGGCAGCAGAUCUCUAGUAAUUAUCAGCACUUUGGAUGGACGGAUUGCUGCACUGGAUCCAGAAAACAGUGGGAGAAAACAGUGGGAUCUAGAUGUGGGAUCGGGUUCUCUUUUGUCAUCCAGCCUCAGUAAACCAGAGGUGUUUGGAAACAAGAUCAUUAUCCCUUCCUUGGAUGGGGACCUCUUCCAGUGGGAUCGGGAUCGGGGGAGCAUGGAGGCCGUUCCUUUCACGGUUGAGUCUCUGCUCGAGUCAUCCUACAAAUUCGGCGAGGACGUUGUCUUGGUUGGGGGAAAGUCUUUGACCACCUACGGGCUGAGCUCCUAUUCAGGGAAGGUGAAGUACAUCUGCUCAGCCGUGGGCUGCCGCCGCUGGGACGACGAGGAGAGCGAGCAGGAGGAGACGCUGCUGCUGCACCGCACCCAGAAAACCGUCCGGGCUGUGGGGCCACGCAGUGGCAACGAGAAGUGGAAUUUCAGUGUUGGUCACUUUGAGCUGCGCUAUGUCCCAGAUAUUGAAACUAGAGCAGGAUACAUUGAGAGCGAUUUUAAAUCAACUACGAACAAAGAAGAAACAAAAAUUAUUUCAGAGGUGGAUGAGCAGGAAGCUAUGAUGAAAGACACAGUGAUAAAGGUCUCUGUGGCUGACUGGAAGGUGAUGGCUUUUAACAGACGAGGAGGACAUCUGGAAUGGGAAUACCAGUUUUGCACUCCAAUUGCUUCUGCAUGGCUGCUUAAGGAUGGCAAAGUAAUUCCAAUCAGUCUGUUUGAUGACACAACUUACACAGCAAAUAACGAGGUACCGGAGGAUGAAGAAGAUCUUGUGGAAGCUGCCAGAGGGGCCACAGAAUCCAGUGUCUAUUUGGGUAUGUUCAGGGGCCAGUUGUAUCUUCAAUCAUCAGUCAGAAUUUAUGAGAAAUUCCCAAACAACCCAAAGGCUCUGGAAUCCAGGAAUGAUAAUGCAAUUAUUCCUCUUCCCAAAAUCAAAUGGAAACCUUUAAUCCAGUCUCCUUCCAGGACUCCAGUGUUGGUGGGCUCUGAUGAGUUUGAUAAGUGUCUCAGCAAUGACAAGUAUUCUCAUGAGGAAUACAGCAAUGGAGCACUGUCAGUUCUGCAGUACCCAUAUGAUAAUGGUUAUUACUUACCCUACUACAAGAGGGAGAGAAACAAGCGUAGCAACCAGAUCACAGUUCGAUUUUUUGACGACACAAAUUACAAGAACAUUCGCAAAAAGGAUCCUGUUCUUCUGCUCCAUUGGUGGAAGGAGAUUGUUGGCACCAUUUUGUUCUGUAUCGUGGCCACCACCUUCAUUGUGCGCAAACUCUUCCACCCCCACCCUUACAGCAGACUGCGGAAGGAGUCUGAAACACAGUGUCAGACUGAUUGUAAGUAUGAGCCCACUUGUGGAGACAUUAAAGACAACAGCUGGAGUGAUGCCAAGAACUCUGGAUAUGUGUCAAGAUAUCUGACAGAUUUUGAACCAAUCCAGUGUCUGGGUCGUGGAGGUUUUGGAGUGGUUUUUGAAGCCAGAAAUAAAGUAGAUGACUGCAACUAUGCCAUCAAGAGGAUCCGAUUGCCCAACAGGGAGCUGGCUCGUGAGAAGGUGAUGAGGGAAGUCAAGGCUCUGGCUAAGCUCGAGCAUCCAGGGAUUGUUCGGUAUUUCAAUGCAUGGCUGGAAGCUCCCCCUGAGAGAUGGCAGGAAAAGAUGGAUGAGCAGUGGCUAAAAGAUGAAAGCACUGAUUGGCCACUCAGUUCUCCCAGCCCAAUGGAUGUCCCAUCAUUUAAGAUCACUACAGAGCCAUUUUCAGCAAAGGAACACAUUGAAGUUACUGCAGAUUCAUCAGAGAGGGUGAGGUCUGUGGGGAUACCCUGUGGUCAGUCAGAUUCAUCUGGAAGCCAGUUUUCCCCUCUGGAAUUUUCUGACACGGACAACAGGGACUUGCAGCGCUCAGAAGAUCCACUAUUAAACCUUCAGGACAGUGUCCUUACAGGCUGUGAUGUAGAAGACAGUACUAUCAACAGUAAUGAGCUGGGACACUCCUUGGAAAUCUGUUCUUCAGCUGUUCCUGUUGUACAUCUGAAGGAAGGGACCUCCUCCUCUAUUGUGUUUGAGGAUUCUGGCUGUGGAAAUGCCUCCAGUAAGGAAGAUAAAGUUGAUGUUUCACAUAAUGAGAGUCCUUUUGAGGAUAAAGGGAAAAGUACAAAGGAAUCUGAUAACAAGAAAUCUGCUUCAGGAAGUCCCCUCUCUGUUUCUCCUCCAAGGCCAACGAGUUUAAGCCUGGACCUUUCUAAAAACACUGCAGAAAAAGUGAAGCCCACCUCUCCAAAGGUGUAUCUGUACAUCCAGAUGCAGCUCUGCCGGAAAGAGAACCUCAAAGACUGGAUGAGCAGAAGAUGCACCAUAGAGGAGAGGGAAAGGACAGAGUGUCUGCAGAUCUUUCUGCAGAUUGCUGAAGCUGUUGACUUUCUGCACAGCAAAGGAUUAAUGCACAGGGAUCUCAAGCCUUCCAAUAUAUUUUUCACAAUGGAUGACAUAGUAAAGGUUGGGGAUUUUGGACUGGUGACUGCUAUGGACCAAGAUGAGGAGGAGGAAUCAGUUCUGACCCCAAUGCCAGCUUAUGCCAGGCACACAGGACAAGUAGGGACCAAACUCUACAUGAGCCCGGAACAGAUCUGUGGCAACACCUAUUCACACAAGGUGGAUAUCUUUUCUCUGGGACUGAUUCUCUUUGAGCUGCUCUACCCCUUCAGCACACAGAUGGAGAGGGUCAAGACCUUAAGUGAUGUUCGAAAUUUGAAUUUUCCACCAUUGUUCACUCAGAAAUAUGCACAAGAGUACACCAUGGUGAAGGACAUGCUGUCUCCAAGUCCCACUGAACGACCAGAGGCUGCAGCAAUCAUAGAAAAUCCUGUCUUUGAAGACUUGGAGCUCCCCCCCAAGCCCGUGCUCAGGCAGAGGUCACGGACAAUGAGCCUAUCAGGAAAUAAACAUUCCAGACAACCAAGCAAAUAACUAUCCUCAGGAUCACUUCUUCCACUCGGCAGGUUUCACAGGGAUUGUUCAGCAGAAGGAUCCUAUGAUGCAGAAUGUUUAUCUUGGGAAUAGUUUACUUCAGCUUUUUUUGCCAUGUUUAAUGUCUAAGACGUGUUGGACAGAAUUUUGUUUACUUUGACAGCCAAGGAAGCCCAGUAACCAAACCUUUCACAUUCCAUUCUCCUUACCUUUGCUCUCCUAAGCGGACGGGUCCAGCUGCUGUGCUUGCCAAUAUUGUGCUCCAUUAUCCUUUUUUUGGGGGGGUUUCAUGGGUUUUUUUUGAAGCUUGUAAAUGUCAGCUUGCUGGGUGAGUGAGAGAUCUGUAACAUGUAAAUAGAAUUAAAAUACUGUAUUUUUAUAGAGCAAAUUACAGUCUCUAAACCUAGUGAGUGUCUAUCCGGGUCACUUGCUCUUUGGUGAAAUGAAAGUGAUUUUGAAAUUAA